GAAGGCUUGCUAAGUUUUGGACAAUUCUCGCCAAUGCAUCCUUAUAGUUUCCGACCUCCGCCAAUGCACCAUCAUGAACAAGGACACCAAAAUUUGGAGAAUUUUCACUUCGUUGGUGCUUCCCCACAUGAUUCAUUUUCAACACCACCACCACCACCGAAGCCUGAAGUUGCAUCUCGGUCUGCUCCAGCCAAAGUGGAUUCGACUUCGUCCAAAAGGAAAAGGAGGGCCAUUGAUGUAGAUGGCGAUGGUUCAGGAGAAAGGACUGCAUAUCGUCUGGCAUAUACACCCGAAGAACAUGUCAGAUUGGCAAGUGCUUGGUUGGAGUGUUCACUUGAUCCCAUUGAUGGGAACGGAAAGAAGGGUGAGAAGUUUUGGGAUGACAUUGCUGCUCUAUGCAAUAGUACCACACCAAGUAAGCGGAAGAGAGAUCGGAAUCAGUUGAAGAUGGAGUGGCAGAGGACCAAGAAAAGACUCGCUGCUUUCCAUGUUGAGUGGAUGGCUGUAAUUGGUGUGUAUCGUAGUGGUCACAGCACCCACGACCUAGAAAAAAUGGCAUUGGAGAAGUAUGAAGGCAACUAUGGCCAUCCUUUCCAACAUUUAGCCAUGUGGGAAAAACUCAAGGAUGAUGGGAAAUGGCUAGGCUGUUACAAAAACAUGAAAGCAAAAGCAGGAAAGAGCAGUGCCGACAUGGAGACCAAUCUCACAUCAAAUGAGACCAACUUGGAGGCUGAGAAACGCCCACUUGCUGAUCGUGAUAAGGCUAAAGCUAAUCGUGCUGGUAAAGGCAAGUUAGGAGGGCUCUCACAGGAGCUUGGAGAAAGAUUGGACAAAUUCAUUGAGGUUAACAAUCAAUCAAUGGAGGACCGCCAAAAGGUGAUAGAUAACCAAGUUUUUCUAUCAAAUCGACAGCUUGAAACUGCAAAGAUCAACAACAACACCAAAAUGUUGGAUGCUUACACCAAAAUGCUUUUAGCCGACACAUCUAAGAUGGAUGAUGGUGAAAAGGCCCGGCGUUCUAAGGCUUUGAGUAGAAUGGAGGCCAUGUUGUUUCCUGAAGGAGAUUCAGGUGAUCAAGGGGAAGUGCAAUGAUCGGUGCGAAGCUGAUGUUUCUGGUUCUGUUGCUGUUUUAGUUACUGCCUGAAGAUGAAUUAUCCAGUGCGAACCUGAUGAUUUGCCUCUCGAGUUAAUUUUUGUGUGAUCCUGAUGGUUCCAUUUCUAGUCAUUUAGGUGUAAACCUGAAUAUAUGAUGAUCCUGUGAAUCUGAAAUUCGUCACAUUUUUAGUAUGUGACUACUUCUGUGAAGAUCCUCUCUACCCCGCCAAAGUAUUUCGUAGGAGAUUUCGGAUGAGAAGACCUCUCUUCGAGCGUAUCGUCCAGGCAUUAGGCGAGUGGUCUCCGGAGUUCACACAAAGGAAAGAUGCUCUUAACCGCGAUGGGCUCUCUCCAUUGCAGAAAUGUACGUCGGCUAUUCGUCAAUUGGCGUAUGGUACUCCGGCAGACGCUCUCGAUGAGUAUAUCAAGAUUGCCGAGUACACAUCAGUUACGUGCUUGAAGCUGUUUACAGAAGGGGUGAUUGACAUAUUCGGUGAUGAGUAUAUGCGAAGACCCAAUGUCAACGAUAUGCAACGCUUACUUGAUGUUGGUGAGAGUCGUGGCUUUCCUGGCAUGUUAGGAAGCCUCGAUUGUAUGCAUUGGCAGUGGGAGAGUUGUCCCACGUCUUGGAAGGGUCAAUUCACCAGCGGGCAUAAAGGAGUUCCUACUCUUAUUCUAGAGG